CUUUUCCCCGUGCAUCCCCAGAGCGGCCGUCAGCGUCUAAGGGCGGAUCUAGGGAACCCCGGCCUCCGAAGGAGCCUGGAGCCGGAGCCGGGCUCGGGAAGACCGACGUCCGAUUAUCCCAGCCUGGGGCCGGGCGGCGGCGCUUCUCUGCCCACGCCCCUGGGGGCGCAGUCACCCCCCUGGCAUUCUCCGCUGUCGGGAGAAGAGGAACAGGGGGAGACACGGGAAGAGCGAGCGUAUCGAGCGGUCACCAUGGGCCGUCGGUGCGCCCUCGCCCUCGCCGUGGUCUCGGCCCUGCUGUGUCAGGUCUGGAGCUCCGGGGUGUUCGAGCUGAAGCUGCAGGAGUUCGUCAACAAGAAGGGUCUGCUGGGGAACCGCAACUGCUGCCGCGGGGGCGCGGGGCCGCCGCCGUGCGCCUGCAGGACCUUCUUCCGCGUGUGCCUCAAGCACUACCAGGCCAGCGUGUCCCCCGAGCCGCCCUGCACCUACGGCAGCGCCGUCACUCCGGUGCUGGGCGUCGACUCCUUCAGCCUGCCGGACGGCGCGGGCGCCGACCCCGCCUUCAGCAACCCCAUCCGCUUCCCCUUUGGCUUCACCUGGCCGGGUACCUUCUCUCUGAUCAUUGAAGCUCUCCACACGGAUUCCCCUGACGACCUUGCAACAGAAAACCCAGAAAGACUCAUCAGCCGCCUGGCCACGCAGCGGCACCUGACAGUGGGCGAGGAGUGGUCCCAGGACCUGCACAGCAGCGGCCGCACAGAUCUCAAGUACUCCUACCGCUUCGUGUGUGAUGAGCACUACUAUGGGGAGGGCUGCUCCGUCUUCUGUCGUCCCCGAGAUGAUGCCUUUGGCCACUUCACCUGUGGGGAGAGAGGGGAGAAAGUCUGCAACCCAGGCUGGAAAGGCCAGUACUGCACUGAACCCAUCUGCUUGCCAGGAUGCGAUGAGCAGCACGGGUUCUGUGACAGGCCCGGGGAAUGCAAGUGCAGAGUGGGCUGGCAGGGCCGGUACUGCGACCAGUGCAUUCGGUAUCCAGGCUGUCUCCACGGCACCUGCCAGCAGCCCUGGCAGUGCAACUGCCAGGAAGGCUGGGGGGGCCUGUUCUGCAACCAGGACCUGAACUACUGUACGCACCACAAGCCCUGCAAGAAUGGGGCCACCUGCACCAACACGGGCCAGGGGAGCUACACCUGCUCCUGUCGGCCAGGGUACACCGGGGCCAACUGCCAGAUGGAGAUCGAUGAGUGCGGCACCAGCCCCUGCAGGAACGGUGGGAGCUGUAGGGAUCUCGAGAAUAGCUAUUCUUGUACCUGCCCCCCUGGCUUCUACGGCAGGGUCUGUGAGCUGAGUGCCAUGGCGUGUGCCGAUGGCCCCUGCUUCAACGGGGGACGGUGCUCAGACAACCCUGAGGGCGGGUACACCUGCCGCUGCCCCGGGGGCUUCUCUGGCUUUAACUGCGAGAAGAAGAUGGACGCCUGUACUUCUUCGCCCUGUGCUAAUGGUGCCCAGUGUGUGGACCUCGGUGACGCCUACCUGUGCCGCUGCCAGGCCGGCUUCUCCGGGAGGCACUGCGACAACAACGUGGACGACUGUGCCUCCUCCCCAUGUGCCAACGGGGGUACCUGCCGGGAUGGCGUGAACGAGUACUCUUGCACCUGUCCGCCCGGCUACACGGGCAGGAACUGCAGCGCCCCCGUCAGCAGGUGCGAGCACGCUCCCUGCCACAACGGGGCCACCUGCCACGAGAGGGACCGCCGCUACCUGUGCGAGUGCGCCCGCGGCUACGGGGGCCCCAACUGCCAGUUCCUGCUCCCCGAGCCGCCCCCGGGCCCUGUGGUGGUGGACCUCACAGAGAAGUAUGUGGAGGGGCAGCCCGGGCCGUUCCCCUGGGCGGCCGUCUGUGCCGGCGUCGUGCUCGUCCUCAUGCUGCUGCUGGGCUGUGCCGCCGUGGUGGUCUGCGUGCGACUGAGGCUGCAGAAGCACCGGCCCCCCGCUGACCCCUGCCGGGGGGAGACGGAGACCAUGAACAACCUGGCCAACUGCCAGCGCGAGAAGGACAUCUCCGUCAGCGUUAUCGGGGCCACGCAGGUCAAAAACACCAACAAGAAGGCCGACUUCCACAGGGACCACGGUGGCGCCGAGCAAGACGGCCUCAAGGCCCGCUAUCCCACCGUGGAUUACAACCUGGUGCAGGACCUCAAGGGCGAUGACACCAGCAUCAGGGACCCUCACAGCAAGCGUGAUACCAAGUGCCAGCCCCAGGGCUCCGCGGGGGAGGAGAAGGGCACCCCGACGCUCAGGGGUGGAGAAGCAUCAGAAAGAAAAAGGCCAGACUCUGUAUAUUCCACUUCGAAAGACACGAAGUACCAGUCGGUGUACGUCAUAUCAGAGGAGAAGGACGAGUGCGUCAUAGCGACUGAGGUGUAAAAUGGAAGUGAGAUGGCAAAAUUCCCGUUUCUCUUAAAAUAAAUAAAAUUCCAAGUCUAUAUGCCCCAAUGAAUGCUGCUGAAAGAGGAAAGGGAGACCCCUUCAAGGACUGCUGCUGAGAAACUAAAUUCAGACUGAGCUGGUUCUCUUCCUGAAGUUAGCAAGUGACGUGACGAGCGGGCUGCGGGCCCAGCGAGUAUCGGAGGCGGCUUGUGCUGUCUCCUAGAUGUUCCCAUUGCACUAUGGACAGUUGCUCUUUAAAAAUUAUAUAUUUAAAUGAAUGGACUUAAGUUCUGCAUAAGAAGCAUGCACUGCCUGAAGUGUAUAUUUUGGAUUCUUAUGAGCCAGUCUUUUCUUGAAUUAGAAUCACAAACACUGCCUUUAUCGUCCUUUUUGAUACUAAAAUGUGUUUUUUUCUAGGUGGAAAAAAAAUGUGUGUUAUUUUUUGGACUUGUAAAAAUAUUUUUCAUGAUAUCUGUAAAGCUUGAGUAUUUUGUGAUGUUCAUUUUUUAUAAUUUAAAUUUUUGGUAAAUAUGUACAAAGGCACUUCGGGUCUAUGUGACUAUAUUUUUUUGUAUAUAAAUGUAUUUAUGGAAUAUUGUGCAAAUGUUAUUUGAGUUUUUUACUGUUUUGUUAAUGAAGAAAUUCCUUUUUAAAAUAUUUUUCCAAAAUAAAUAUUAUGAAUGACGA